GUCAGGAGAAUUGGUAUGAUAUCUGGGUCUAUGACCAAGAUAAGAAUGCUGUUCAAACAAAGGUGGAGCCUUCACUUGGUGUAUCAGAAGAAGAAGAGAAUGGUCCUGCAAGUCUUGAAAAGGAACUUGCAGUGGGUGUUGUAUCACAUAAAGUUGAAGAAAAUAUUACUGUUAUGCAUAGUAUCAAAUCAGGUUCAGAUGCUAAAACUGAAAAUUUGCUACAAAAAGAAGUUGAUAAGAUAGAGAUACCGAAUAAGGUUACAGGCGCAUCAAGUGUAUCAGGUAAAAACAUCUUAUCCCAAGAGUCAAGUGCAGAAAAUGCAGAUCAUGCUAAAAAGGCACAAACAACCAGUGCAAUGCAUUUACCAAGAAAAUCAGAAAUAGGUGAACCUCUUCAAAGUAAGGAAAGUGCAUCAGUUGCAAAAGGCAGUAAUGUCAAUGGUGCUCAGGGUAAAGUGUGCAAGAUUCACGUACGUCAGCCGGAUGGACGUUUGGUGCCUUACUUCAUUCCUGCUCACAUGUAUUCCUUAGCUUUAAAGAUAGCACAAACUGGUAACAAAAUACAAGGAAACCAAGAAGGUAGUGUGGAUAACAAGCAAGCUAGUCUUGUAGAAAAAACUGGACUGCAACAAGAGGCAAAAGGGUCACAGCAGUCAGCAAGUUCAAAUCCUGAAAGUGAUGAUUUAGUUAAAGUGCAAAAAGAAUCAAAAGAUAUCACCCAGCAGAAGAACUCUGUAGAAUGUGAAACAAAAUGUGAGAGUGGACAAGAGAGUUCUAAAGGUUCAGGUGUUCCUGUUAAAAUCUUCAAUAUCUCACCAAAUAAAGGAUCAGUCAAACCUAGUCAAGUGGUAAUGAGCCAGUUACCAUCUAGUGGUAGCCAGAGUAUUCCUAAACUUACUCUGACAACACAAGGUAAGCAGACUGUUGCCCGAGUGUCUGCUGGCAGUCUUUCACAAAAUGCAUUACAGCAACUUCUUGUAAAAGCUGGACUUAAGGACAAGAAGCCUGCAUUAGUGAAAAAAUUGUUGAGUAAAACAAAUGAUGUAAAUGGUGAACUAGUGCAAUCAGUACAAUCUCCAGAGGGUCAGUUGUUAUCAGAUCAGUCAUCAUUAAUUAAAAAGCCAAAUUUGCAAUUCAUGCCAGUCAAGAUUGUUCAGGAUAAACAGCCUGGAGGGUCUUCAACAGCAAAGAUUGUAAAAAAAGCAAUAUCUACAGCUAAUAUAAGAUUUGUAACCAACAAUGGACAGCUAAUUUCAGCAGGACAGCUUGCAAAGGGUAUAACAAUACCUGUUGCUAGUAAACCAAGUACUGUGACACAAGAAUUACCCACUAGCAAAUGUAUUCUUACAACAUCUAGUACCAGUACAACAGCAGCUAUUAAAGAUGGAACAAGUGUUGUUGUAAUGCCAAGUGGACGCAUCUUGGCUGGAUCAGGAGGUCUACAAUUAGUUACUAGCCAGGGAAAGAAUACAGUCACACAGCACCCUCCGCUUGUUGUUUGUAGCUCAGCUCAGAGUGGAAAAACACUUCAAUUACCACCACUCAUAGUAAGAAGUGCUGGAAACAAUCGAACCUUAUGUACAUUGUCGAAUACUGCUUCAACAGGAAGCACAGUUAAAAAUAUAGCAGUAACAGGUGUGUCACUGCUUCGUGGUAAUGUUGUUACAUCUGUAACGCCUGCAGCUGUUCGAACUUUGCUAAAGCCAUUGUGUAUUACAACCACUGCUGGGGUUACAGCUACUACUCCUGUUUUCACCAAUGUCGCAACUAAGGUCACAAGUAUUCCCGCAACUCUAAAAAGUUCUUCAGCAAAAACUUCAGGGAGUGAUACAGGAAAAAUAAUAGUUCCUCCUGUUAUAGGCUUACCAGAUAAAGUUGCAGAAAGCUCUAGUGAAGACCAAGAAGUCAAUGCAACAAAGAAGUGGGAGGAACAAAUAAGACAAUUUAAGGCCACGUGUCAAGCCUGCAGAUCUCUUGAUGCAUGUAUAAAUCUGUGGGUAAGAGCCAUACCCCUUGUGGCUCCUCCAAACAAGUGGAUAAGUAAAUGCAUUUUGCCAUUCUGUGCAGGAUCCAUAGAAGAGUUCAAGCUUUGGCCACUGGGAAAGCAGAGGGCAGCAGAGUUUCAGAGGGCAAGGGAAGUUAGAAGGCAUAUAAGUGAAUGUGGUAUAGAAGGCAGCAAUUGGUGGACCACGAACAGAAUAGUUGCAUGGGCAAGGUGUCAUGCUUAUACUCCAGUAGAGCCUAGACCUCUACUUCAAACAGAUAAGCUUUUCUUACCAUUAGAACAGCAGGUCUUUAGCACAAUUACAGACAUUGGAAAUCUAGAAGAACGAGAAAGAAGUAACAACGAGCAACAGUUUGCACGUUCUACUCACCAAGAUAUUGAUGUAGUCUCAGUAAUUGAGGAGGAGAACGAGCUCACAUCUCCUCACAAGUCUUCAGCCUCUCCAUGGAAGGAGCAGUCUGUCUUCAUGGCUUGGGAGGAUCAAGAAACAGUUGAUGGAUGUGAAUGGGUUGGACAUUUAGCUUCACAGUUAAGAAUUAAUCAAACUUCAGAAGAGGUUUUACCUGGAUAUAGAGCAGAUGUUGCACGUGCAACUAUGUGGAAGGCAAUGUUAAACUUAAUGGAGGAUCUACUGCGGUCUUCUCACAGUGAGGCCUGGGGAGAUAGUUCUGAGGAGACCUCUGGUAGUCCACCUCUUGUUCCUCCAAAGGAAAUCACACACAAUCAUGUCUUAAAAGCCUUAACUACGAAACGUCAAGAGUUCCAGUUGUUCACUAAUUAUGGACUCGGAAGCCUUUCAUAAUCAUCAGAUGCAAUAUAGUGUUUUUCAUGUUUAUAGAUCUGAUCUGUUCUGAUAUCAUGAAAUAUUUUAAAAAGCUAAUAUGGUUCUACAUGUAACACAGAUAAAACAAAAAGAUAAGCCACUUUUAUUUUGAUUACUUGUUGUAGAUUAAAAAUAUUAUAUAACUUAAAAUGGCCCACAGUUAAAAAUGAUAAUCAGUAUAUUAUUGUUUAAUACUGUAAUCAAACCAGGAGGAUCUCUUUUGUUGUAUUGUUGUCAAGGUUCAUCACAUAAGAUUCAUUCCAUGAAGAUCAUAUGGUAAAAAAUCAUAUAAUGAGAAAAGUUAAAUGAGGAAUCAAAAUUAAUUCUAUCAUUUAUAUUUUUCUGAAAUAUAUGAGUAAUAUUGUUCAUGUUCUUGUAAAAUUGUUGUUGACUCAUCUGUAGUACAUCAAAUUCCAUAACUAUCUGUGAUAUUCUAGAUAUGAUUUAUAAGUUUCAUUGUUAAAAAUCCUUAUAAGAAUAAAAAACUCAGGGUAUGAUUGUUUCAUUAACUUUUUAUUUUUUUUGUCUGUCUUUUGCU